UUUCAUCGGCUUUGACAAAAACUAACUUACUUUUGCAACAUCCCAAUAAUAAUAAAACCAAUAGAUAUAAUUUUUUAAUUUUUAUCGUAUUAAUAAAAUAUGGAAUUUGUUCCUGUGGUCGAAGAGGAAGGGGAUGAGCCAAUUGAAUUGCCCACGGAAAAUGAUAAAAAUUUACUUUUAUCUACUUUGCAAGCACAAUUUCCUGGUGCAUCUGGUCUAAAAUACAUAAACGAAGAAAACAAAUGCUAUCGUGGAAUCCGUUUAAAUGAUGGAAAGUUAUAUCCACCCAGUGAAAAUGGUUGGUCAGCACACAUUUAUCAUUGUGUUUUUCCAAAAGAGAACAAAAGGAAAAGUGAUGACCAGUUGGAGAACUCCACAGCCAAAACCAAACGAAUGGAGUCAAGGGCACGUUGCACAGAUCUAAUUGUAUUGGGAUUGCCAUGGAAAACAACAGAGGAAAGUUUACGUGCUUAUUUUGAAACUUUUGGAGAGGUACUGAUGGCACAAAUAAAGAAAGAUGUACAUUCCGGACAGUCAAAAGGAUUUGGGUUUGUACGAUUUGGAUCUUACGAUGUGCAAGCACGUGUUUUAUCUAAUCGUCACUCGAUAGACGGCCGGUGGUGUGAAGUGAAAGUACCCAAUUCGAAGGGAGCUCCCAAUCAAAUACCCUGUAAAGUAUUUGUAGGAAGAUGCACAGAGGACAUAACUGCAGAAGAUCUAAAGGAUUAUUUCUCAAGAUUUGGUGAAGUUACUGAUGUAUUUAUUCCUAGACCAUUCAGAGCAUUUAGUUUUGUAACUUUUCUUGAUCCCGAAGUUGCUUCAUCGUUGUGCGGGGAGGAUCAUAUUGUUAAGGGAGUUUCUUUACACGUCUCAAGUGCAGCUCCCAAGUAUGAACACCAUCGUAGUUACCACAACACAAAUCCGAGAAACACACACCACAAUAACAGCAAUGAAAAUAGCCAAAGCGGCUUGUUUAAAACGAAGGGAGGACCACCCGCAAGCAAUAGUGGAAAUAACUUUUUCAGCAAUCCGCCUGCCAACGAUGGAUCAGGUAUGUUGGUAGGAAGCAGUACAGGUGGGCCUGUAAGUCGCGAAAACUCUUAUCAGCGAGGAGGACAUAGGGGAAAUUAUAUGAUGACACAAAGUCCCAGCAACAGUAGCAACACCAGCUGCCAAAAUCGACCUCUGGACAUGCCAAACUUGCAAACGCUGGGUAUUAACCCUCAAGGUCCCUCACAAAAUAUGGGAAUGGGACUUAAUUUAAAUUCCUUACCUAUGAACACAGCCAUAUUAGCUGCUGCACUUAAUCAAUUCGGUCUAUUGGGCAAUCAACUUCAAAAUCAGGAGCAGGGUGGCAACUUUCUUUCCUGGAUGGCUCAUUCAAGCAGUGCUAACAAUAUGCUCGCAAAUAAUCCAAACAGGGGGCCAACAAACACCAAUGGUGGAAAUACCACAAAUCCAACAACAGAAGCAACUAAUUGUAAUAAUUUUGUUCAAAAUCUUAAUCCCCAGGCUAAUAAUCCGAAAUACGGCAUGUGGUCGCCUUCCAAAUGACUCGAACAAUGACAUUUCAUCAUAUUUCAUAGCAUAAAGCUUCCUGUGUCGAUCUGAUUAGCCACCUAUGUAUACAGCGUGAGGAACACAUUUUGUGGAGCCAAAACUUAACUGAAUAAACACUUAAAUUUUAAGAGAAAAUUCUAAUCUUAAUGUAUCACACACAACCAUAUUUAUAAUCCUAUUCGUAGCUGAUUAUAAAAUCCAUAUAAGCUAUACCCUUUUUCAAGCGAUAUUUGCACCCAUUAAGGCAAUUGAUUUGUGCUAUAUUUUAAACAAUAUAACGUUAAAUCUUAAAAUACAAUAAAUAUUUAUAAACGUCUACUAUAAGUA